AUGGCGGGCGCCAUGUGCGCGGGAAGCAGGGGGAAGACCUGCUACCUCCCCAUGCUCACAGCUGACAAAAAGGUUCCAACACUCCGACCCUGCAACUUGAAGGGGCAGAAAAACCCUCAUCUACCCCCGCAGCCACUUAUGCCAGAGUCGAGCGGCACAAGCGACCCAAACAAGCGGACAACAACGACCGCACCGUGGGGAGGGAAUACCACGCCAUGA